AUGUCACGAGCACCGCCUUUCGGCCAGGGCAGGAUGGGCCUUCCAGGCGCCAACCCACGAGCAGUACCCUCCAGAGACCAGCCGCCCCGCGAGUCCUAUGGUCAGCAGCCACAGGGCUCUUAUGGCGGCAGCGGCCAAGGAUACGGCAGCCAGGGAUACGGUGGCCAAGGAGGCUACGGACAACCACAGCGAUCCCCCGGCCUGCCUUCAAACUACGAGAAGUCUCCCAUGUCCCCCCCGAGAGGUGGCGGCGGCGGUGGCGGUGGUGGUGGAGGUCGACAGGUCCCUCUCACGGUCGGUAAGGUCCAAGAUAAGACCAUGCAAAGCCAUCUCAUCUAUCACAACAAAUGCGCCGUGUCGCCUAUGGACUUUCCUCCGAGCCGCGACGGUUCCGACCUCUAUAUCCUCAUCCGUGGUGGUGAGCCUCUUGGAGAAUACGUUGUCAGUGCCGAACCCGUUGACGGCUUCCCGCCUGGAACCAUCUCUUUGUCCGACCCUCAGCGAACGUGGUGCCGCAUUGGCAUGAUGGAUCGUUUCACUGGCGAGGUCUAUGAUCCCUUCAGCCAAGGUAGCCAGGCAUACCUCGGCAGUUUGGAUGUCGAAGUAUCAUUUGCCUCAGUCAAGAAGACAUCAGCUCAAGCAUAUGACGAAGACGACCUUGUGCCACGAUUCCUCAAGACAUACCAGAAUCAGAUCCUAUCUCCGGGCGAGAGGAUCCUGAUGGACGUGAAUAACGUUCCCCUCAUGAUCGUCGUCAAGACCGUCGGCUUGGUGGAUCUCGGCAUGUCGACAGAGGCCGCUGGCGCUGCAGCAUCGAGGGAGCCUCGAUCUCGCGGUAUCAUCACGCCGGAGACGAAAGUUAACUUUUUCAAAGCGCCCGGUGCGGAGAUCAAUCUAAAAGCUUCCGCUCACAGGGCCAACACCAACUCGAUCAUUGCUCCCGAUUUCAAGUUUGAGGACAUGGGCAUCGGCGGCCUCGGCGAGGAAUUCGGCACCAUCUUCCGCAGAGCCUUCGCAUCUCGCGUCUUCCCGCCCCGACUUGUCGAAAAGCUUGGAAUUCAGCACGUCAAGGGAAUUCUGCUCUUCGGCCCUCCCGGAACCGGCAAGACGCUGAUUGCCAGACAAAUUGGUAAGAUGCUGAACGCUCGUCCACCCAAGAUCAUCAACGGUCCUGAAGUGCUCAAUAAGUACGUUGGUGCCUCGGAGGAGAACGUCCGAAAGAUGUUCGCCGAUGCGGAAAAGGAGUACAAGGAGAAGGGCGACGAGAGCGGCCUUCACAUUAUCAUUUUCGACGAGCUGGAUGCUGUCUGCAAGCAGCGUGGAUCAGGCGCCGGUGGAGGCACUGGUGUCGGUGACAGUGUGGUCAACCAGCUUCUGACGAAGCUCGAUGGUGUCGACCAGCUCAACAACAUUCUGCUGAUCGGAAUGACGAACCGAAAGGACAUGAUUGACGAGGCUCUGCUGCGACCUGGGCGUCUGGAGGUUCAGCUGGAGAUCGGUCUCCCUGACGAGGACGGUCGAAAGGAAAUCCUUAUGAUUCACACCAACAAAAUGCGUGAGAACGAUAUCAUGGACGAUUCGGUUGAUGUUCAGGCCCUUGCGGCGCAGACCAAGAACUACUCUGGUGCUGAGAUUGCAGGUGUCGUCAAGGCUGCGACGUCAUUUGCGUUUAACCGCCACACCGAAGUCGGCGAGAUGGCGAAGAUGAAGUCGGACGUCGCCUCCAUGAAGAUCAAGAUGGAGGAUUUCCUGGCGGCGUUGACCGAAGUUAAGCCAGCAUACGGUGUCUCUGAGGACGACCUGGCGAACUCAAUCAAGAUGGGCAUCAUCACGUACAGCCGCCACAUCGAGGACAUUAUCCGCACUGGCAUGGGCUACGUCAACACUCUGAAGGAGGGCCAGGUCCUAGACAGGAUGUCAGUCCUCUUCCACGGCCCUGCUGAAUCUGGCAAGACAGCCAUCGCAUCACACAUCGCCAUGCUGUCCGAGUACCCCUUUGUCAAACUCGUGUCACCGCAGAACCUGACACCCUUCCGCGACGAGUUUGGAAAGAAGGACUACCUUUCCAAGGUCUUUGCCGAUGCUUACAAGUCCCCGCUCAGCAUAGUCAUUCUGGACAACUUUGAGCAGCUCAUUGAGUGGAACCCUAUCGGGCCUCGCUUCUCAAACACCAUUCUUGACAGACUGACGUCCCUAAUCCAGUCUGCGCCUCCAAAGGGCCGUCGCCUCCUUGUCUUCGUGACAACUUCGGAGCUGAACGUCCUCAAAAUGCUGGGCGUCAUGAAGCUCUUCAGGCGUCAGAUUCCCGUCCCUGCCGUUUCCACGCUGCGCGAGCUCGAGAGCCUUCUCAACCAGACAAACAACUUUGACUCGGCCGACAUCAACCACAUUGUCAACACCAUUUCACAGGACACCGGGUCGCAACAAGUUGGCAUCGGCAUCAAGACGGUCCUCGAGUGUCUGGAGGAGUCACGCGUCGAAGCGGCCAGGGGAGAGGCGAACAUGGUAGAGAGCUUCACAGGCCGCAUCGUGUCUGCCAUCGGGUCGAGUUUGGGUUCGGAAUAG